CGCAAAUCGGUAAUCAGAAAAGAGAAAAGACAAGUGUUUAUAACUUUACACUCGUCUUACAGUAUGUUUUGAACUGCUUUCGAAGUUGCAUAUUUUGUUUAGGUUUUUAGUUUCAGUUUGGCAUAAUAGAUGGUGGAUCCAUUACAAAUACGAUUCGUAUUGCGUGCGGAUCUGUGAUUUUAAAUAUUUGUUGAUCGAGCUGUCGAGCAGAAACAUUUACAGAUAUACAACUUCUUGUCGGGAAUCACCAAACACGCUCUUCAAAAUGGACAGCGAUGGCAUGGAAGCGUUGCUGGAUUUUCCGGAGUUUAUCGACGUCCCGUCUGCUUCUGCCUCGGAGGAGCCAGUGAUUGAGAGAGAACCUGAAAGUGUCGCCCCAUCUGAAAAUACGACAUCAUCUGCAAUCGAAUCUGCAUCUACGGAAGCAGCUGUGAAUGUUGCUGCAGAAGUACCGCAGUCCGAUGAAAGUAAUAAAUCGAUACCUGCUAUUGAACAUCCGAACGAAGCACCCAUCGGACAGCCUCCGCGUAAGAAACGGAAACAUCAUCCCGCUGCUUCGAGCGAAGCUGGACCUUCAACUUCUAAGCCUUCUACAAGCGGGCAUCCUUUGGGAGAACCAGCGGACAUUCAUAAUGAUGAUUCUGGACCGGGAUCUCCAUCAGAACAGGAUUUUGAAUCGGAUUUUUUGGAUCUGAUGCCAUUCAAAGAAGAGGAUCCCGAGGACGUCGCGGAGCGUCAGAAACUGCAGUUGUUGAUUUCUCAUCUUUCCGAGGAGCAGCUGAACCGGUAUGAAGUAUACAGAAGAGCUUCUUUUCCCAAAGCUUCGGUGCGUCGCAUUAUGCAGACCGUCAGCGGUUGCACUGUAUCGCAGAAUGCCGUCAUUGCUAUGGCUGGCAUUGCUAAAAUGCAAGUCGGAGAAAUUGUGGAGCAUGCGUUGGACGUUAAGGAGCAAUGGGCUGACGUCGGCCCGGUUCAGCCCAAGCAUAUCCGAGAAGCACUGCGACAGCUGCGAAAUCGACCAGCCACGACAUCCAGCAAAUUCCGCAAAAAGCAGUCAAACAGUAAUUUGUAAUCUGCUUGCACAGCAUAACAGUGCCGUACAUGGUACUGCAGAUGGUUGUUGUGUUAGGAUUUACAGUUUACUCGAAUCGUUUCGAAGCUUAUGCGUUAUUUUCCUGUGUGUCUGUUUUGUUGGCUUAUUUGCCGUUGAUCUCAUUUUACGGGAAACUUCUUUUUUGUUUUAUACUGUAAGGAAACUUGUAGCAUCACUUGAUUAUGACUUGAAUAAAUACUUACGCAC